AUGCUGCGGAGCGGCGGAGCGGCGGAGCGGCACCCAGCGGUCUGGGGCCAAAGUUUGUGUCCCGAGCGCCUGGAUGCCGAGGGCCUAGAGCAGGCCGCGGUGUCCUUGGUGCGUCGCCCCCCGCCCUCAGCGCUGCUCUGCGCGGACGGCGCCUGCGGGCGCUGGGCCCCAGAGGCGGGCGGCGCCCCCGCGGCGCUGCCGGCGCCGCCGCAGGGGGCGCUGUGUUUGGCGGCCGAGAGGGCGGACUCCUCGCAGCUGCUCGCUGGGUACCCCCAGGGCCUGGCGCGUCUCUGCGGCGACUCCUCCCAGACCCUUCGGGCUCGGUGCGGGAGCGUCCUGGCGGCGGCGUUCUCCGCAUGCGGAGCCUACUGCAUCACCGGCAGCGAGAAUUGCACCGGUCGGGUGUGGAGCGUAGCGACCGGAUCCUGUGUCAAGACGCUUUGUCGGCACAGCGGGGCUGUACUCGCGGUUGGUCUCUCCAGCAACGUGGACUAUGCAGUAACGGGAGGCUCUGAUGAGCUGGCAAAGCUAUGGGAUGUGAAAACAGGGAAGUGCCUUCAUGUUCUUGGUGGUCACACCGGUGUUCUUACAUCCGUCGCGUUUGCUGCUGAAGAUCAGCGUGUCAUAACCGGAUCCUUUGAUGGCUCUGUCAAAGUAUGGCGCUGUAUUUCCGGUGAUUGUGAGAUGACUUUCUCCGGUUCUUCGCCAGUUCUCGCGCUGGCCGUUUCGGCUAACCUGGCGGUCGCCGGCUGCUUUGAUGGCAGGUGUGUGCUCUGGGCGCUCGAUACGGGCUCCUGCUCUCAAACCAUCGAGGGCUCGGAUGCCGUGCGCUCCGUCGCGAUCUCGCGGGACGGGGACCAGUUGUUGUCCGGCGAUGCGGCUGGCUCGUGCAGGUUCUGGAAUUUGAAGACUGGCCUUUGCAAGCAAACGUACCUUACGCGUGGCGAGCCGAUUUUACACGUCAUGUUGCAGUGUGAUUGA